UAUCUUAAAAAUUCCAAAGAACGCAGUAGGAUUGAUAUAAACUUGAGGAAAAUUUUCAUUUAAUUCUAAUUCUUGCAACAAUACCACAGAACUAAUCUCGAGCUUGAAUUGGUCAUAGAUAACGAGGAAGAGAAUGUCUGUGCAAUUUGGAGCGACGAAAGCUGCGCUUAAUUUCAUCAUAGCGGUUAAUUGCGGUCUACUAAUCGAACGAAAUUUGUAAUCGACGGAAGUGGAGCUGCUCUUUGGAGGAUCGACCGCGAACGCAUGAAACACCAGAAUGGUUCCAACCUUGUACAAGCAGUCAGUUUGUUUAACAUUCGUGUCUGCAUUGUUUGAAACGCCUGCGCGAAUUUCCUUGGGAAUGGACGUGGGUGGUAGGGGUAGCGCGGGAUUCAGGGUCGAAAUUGCACGGUGGUUGAAAAGCAUCGGACAUCAGUCGAGGACAGGCGGUCUCGCGUUUAAGUGGUCUAUCAAUUCCAUGUCGCCUUUGGUCCUGUUCUUUCAUUACGGAGUUCUGGCCAUCAUUUUCGGGAACGGUUUUGGGGAUGAACACGAAUACAGACUGACAAAGUAUUUGCUCGAUGGGUACGACGCCGGUGUACGACCAGCUAAAAAUUUCUCCCAACCCCUGUCGGUUGUCUUUGGCCUUUCUCUUCAUCACAUAAUCGACGUGGACGAGAAGAACCAGAUACUGACGACCAACUGUUGGUUGACGCAAACCUGGACGGACCAUCACCUGAAAUGGAACGCCUCGGAAUUCGCUGGAAUUCAAGUGAUCCGCGUUCCUUACAACCGUGUCUGGAGACCGGACACGAUUCUGUACAACAACGCCGAUCCACAAUACAGCUCGGCAGUCAUCAAUACGAACGUGAUAGUCAGCCACACAGGACAAGUGGUGUGGUUAAGCCAUGGAAUAUUUCGCAGCAGCUGCGACAUCAACGUAGAGUUCUUCCCUUUCGACGAGCAACGAUGCGUCCUGAAAUGGGCCUCUUGGACGUACGAUGGAUACCAACUGGAGCUGGAGAGGCAAAGCGAAGAGGGAGACGUGAGCAAUUACCAAGCAAACGGUGAAUUCGACCUGCUUGAGUUCUCUGCGAGAAAAAACACCGAAUACUACUCCUGCUGCCUGGAACCGUAUCCAGAUAUUACUUACGAGAUACGACUGCGACGACGACCGACAUUUUACGUCUUCAACUUGAUCCUUCCGUGCAUACUCAUCAACAGUGUCGCUCUGUUGGUAUUCUACGUGCCGUCUGAAUCGGGGGAAAAGGUCACCCUCGGGAUUUCGGCGCUUCUCUCCAUGACAGUCUUCCUAAUGACCAUUCGCGAGACACUGCCGCCCACGGAGAAAACACCGUUGAUAAGUCUUUAUUACGGAGUCAGCAUAUGCCUGGUAUCCUUCGCUUCGGGAUUAGCGGUAGUUACCUUGAAUCUUCAUCAUCGUGGCGUUCAAGGUACCAGAGUGCCUGGUAUCGUUCGAUCGUUGGUCUUGGACAAGCUCGCCAGGAUAGUGUUCCUUAAUUUCCAGGAGGAAAAGAGAUCGGACCCUGUCGAGCCUCCCAGAAGAAAAAACAAUUGUCCAUUGCACUGCAAACCGGAACUGGCCCAGUCGCAAUCGUCGCCCAAGUUCGUAACCAGAAGAGAGGAAAGUAACAGUAGCAGUCCUAGUUUAGAUCUUGGUAAAGAGAGCCUUGAAGCGCAAUGGUUGCGUGUACUGGGAAGAGUGCACGCGACGAUCGACAAGAAUGAGAAGCGUCUGGCGGAACAAGACCGCCGCGAACGAAUGGAAUUAGAUUGGAAACAAGUCGCAUUAGUCAGUGAUCGAGCAUUACUUUGCGUUUUCUUCUUGACGACGGUCGUCAGCACCACCGUUAUCCUCUGUGGCUCUCCACCAAACACGAAUAUCGCUAAAGAGGGAUAGAUUCGAGAAGAACGCUGAUAGGAAAAUUGUAUUAACCGGGCAGCGGAUUCGACUAACUUUGUUUCGAAUAAGAUCGAUGGAUUAAGUAUUAAGCACUGGUAACUAUAAGCAAUCUUAAGGAUAUGAUGUAUAAUGUUCGUCUAUCGGAGAUAAACUGCUGUGAAAAUAAAUUCUUUUUGUUUUAUGAGAA